CCCGCAUCCGAACAAUGAGGGAGAGGCGGUUUGGGCCUGGGUGCUUUCCGAGACCGGCAGCAUCGGCGUCGCCGUGCCUUGUUCUUCGUCUUGCUCAACUUAUGCAUUUCCGGACCGAUGGUGCUCAACUCAAACCGCUCUCGUCACUUUGCCUUGUGCAUCAUCGGAAUAGUGCUCCUCUGGACGCUCUGGUAUCUGCCUCAGCAGCGGACGGGGGAGCUCGCCGGAUGGCCAGCCAGCCCAUCAGACCACAUCCUCAUCGAUCCUGGUGUCGGCGUCAGUAUCCCCAAAAUUAUCCAUCAGUCGUGGAAAACCGAGGCAUUACCCAAGAAAUUUGUGCAGUGGUCCGACUCAUGGAAGCAGCAUCAUCCCACAUGGACCUACAUCUUGUGGACAGACGACAUGAACCGCAAGUUCAUCGAGACCAGCUUCCCGUGGUUCCUCGACACAUACGACGCCCUUCCAAAGAACAUCAACCGGGCCGAUGCCUCUCGCUACUUUUACAUGUACAAGUACGGAGGGGUAUAUGCCGAUCUCGACAUGGAGUGUCUCCGAGCCAUGGAUGCACCUGUUGUCGAGGGUGGGCCUGCGCUGAUCGAGCGCGGAUCUGCCCUCAUCAGCUUCAUGGGUCUGGACACACAGUUUGAGCACUCGCUGCCGAACGCAUGGAUGGCGAGCGCACCCGGACAUCCCUUCUGGAUGUUCGUCGUCAACGAGAUCAUGCGAGCUUUCAGGAGAUCAGAUGCCAACACCACGGCCGAGGAGCUCGCUGGCCCUGUGGUCCUCUUCAGGACAUAUUCAAAUCACAACGACAUUCAAGGCUACAUUUAUCCGUACAGCUGGGCAAACGCCCACCAGAUUGGCGCUAUCUGCAGUGCCCAGUCGCCGCAGUUCAACGGAAGCGCAUGCAAGUUGGCUCUUGGGGCCGAAGGCAAGCCCGGACAGCAACCCUAUACCAUUACGUAUUGGUCGCACAGCUGGGGCGAGCAACAAGCAAACUCCAAAGUGCUCGAUGACUGAAUCCGAUUGUUGAAUCCGUGUCCAUUCGCUUGUUCGCGGACGGGCGUUGUAUGUGGAAGUGGUCUUCUCCGGCAGU